GCUAUUUCCUAGCCAAUCCUUUUUAUUCCUUGACAGUUUCACUGGUAUAUAAACCGCUCAAAAACUGUAGUUAAAAUCAGCAGUCAACCGACUUCUUCUUCAGCAGCUUCCCAUUCCUUCAGCGAGUCGACAUGAAUUCCUUUGUCGCUAUUUUAUUGCUUGCCUGCACUGUCUACGGCAGUCCUAUUCUUGAGACUCCCGAAGUGGCUGCUGCACGUGCAGCUCACAACGCUGCUCACGCCACUGCCCGCGCCCUCAACGCUCUGCCACCCGCACCCAGCCCCAUCUAUCUUCAACAAGCUGUUCAAGACACACCUGACGUCUGGGCUGCCAAAGCUGAACAUUAUAAGGCUUACGCUACUGUCGCUGCAGCCAAUGGUGUCGUCGCCUCUUUGCCAUCUCUUCAGCCUUACUAUUUGCAACCGAUUCCUGACACUCCUGAAGUCUGGGCCGCCAGGCAGGAACAUUUCCGCGCUCACGCCGAAGCUGCUGCCCGUCGCGGAUUUUAAAUUUUGAUUCACGAUAUACGCAUCCGUUGAAAAAUUACGUCAAAGACAAGAAAAGUGUAUGAGAUGGUUUUUUUCUUGGGGAAAUUUCAAUGUACACAUUUGGAGGGGAUAACGAAAUAAACUUUAGUUUUUUUUUUA